UUAAAAAAGCGAAGGCGAGAAGGCGGCGUGAAUGAGCAUCGCUCGGCUGGGUCUGUGUGCGGACGUUUCGCUUCUGACCCGCAUUUUGCAGCUUCCUCUCUGCCGGCAGCCCUGGGAAGGAAGAUAUUUGAGGGAGAAGGGGUACCACUGCAGAGAGAGACCCCCUCCCCCCCAAUGGCUCCGUGGCAUCUUUGAUCCACAAGCCAGGAACGAUUCGGAUAUCGGAGAGGAAAGGCGAGCAGAGCAGUUCCAAAUCGUCUCCCAAAAGCCCGGACUUGGUUUGCUCAGACGCCGGAGAUGCCAGGGACGCGGAGGUGUUGUUUGACAAUGACAAUGACAUGGUCAGCCUGAAAGGACUUGGACAUUUAUCCAUUGUGCCAGCUGGGGUAAAUCACUGACAUUGCUGCAUCCAGCCUCCACUGCCCACUUUCCUUCAUCAUGGCCAAGAGUGCGGAAGUUAAACUGGCCAUCUUUGGUCGAGCUGGAGUGGGAAAGUCAGCUCUUGUUGUGCGUUUUCUGACCAAACGGUUCAUAUGGGAAUAUGACCCUACACUUGAAUCCACUUAUCGACAUCAAGCCACCAUUGAUGAUGAAGUCAUUUCCAUGGAAAUAUUAGAUACAGCUGGGCAGGAAGACGUCAUUCAGAAGGAAGGGCACGUACGAUGGGGAGAGGGCUUUGUGUUAGUAUAUGAUAUCACUGACAGAGGAAGCUUUGAAGAGGUCCUGCCACUUAAGAACUUGCUGGAUGAAGUCAAAAAACCAAAAAAUGUGACUUUGAUCCUAGUUGGAAACAAAGCAGACCUGGACCACUCAAGGCAGGUCAGCACAGAAGAAGGGGAGAAGCUGGCCACAGAACUAGCAUGUGCUUUUUAUGAAUGCUCUGCUUGCACAGGGGAAGGCAACAUCAUGGAGGCCUUUUAUGAGUUAUGCCGGGAAGUACGGCGACGGAAGAUGGUCCAAGGGAAGACCAGGAGAAGGAGCUCAACCACUCAUGUCAAACAAGCAAUCAACAAGAUGCUCACCAAAAUCAGCAGUUAGAUAAUAUAUACAUGUGUCAACAUUUAUUGUAGAGAUAGGUUAAACUUGGGUGAAAAGGGAUCACGUGAUCAGAUUGUAAAAGAGCUUUGAAAAUUUGCUUUGAGGGGCUACAACUACUAGAAUCCCUCAUACAGUAUGGCUGCUGGCCAUGUUAGCUAGGGCAUUCUCAGAGCUGUAUUACCCCAAAAAUCAGCAUGGUCCAUGUUUUCUGCACUCUCUCUCUUUUAAACUAUCACAUUUUUCUUCCUGAAGUUAUGGCGAGUAAAACAGGUUUUACAAUGAGGGUAGUUGCUCCACUCCAGUUUAGUUCACAGCCAAAUCAUAUUCUCACACACAUGAUUUAGAGAAUAGGGGAUGUAUUGGAAUGUGUCCUACAGGUUACUCCUUUACUACCCAGCAUGUUCACAUACCUUGAUUAUAUGAUGACUUAUCAUUGGCUAAUAGGUUGCUCUUCAGUUUCAUUGUAUUAUGAUAGGUAACUUUUUACCAAUGAUAAUUACUGUAAAAAUCUUUUACCAUCAACAGUGUACCAUAAUACACAUGUGAUCAUUCACAAAUGAUUCAUCUGUAACAUCCAACCAAUUGAUGAGUACAAUCUGUCAAACUCACACUCAACUGGAAACCCAAGAAAACAAAGAUCUGGAAACUUAAUGACCAGAUUGGGGUGACAUAUGGGAAAGUUCUACCUAGUGGUUCCAUUACAUCACUCUUAUAUGGUGAUGCUAAAUAUCUGCAUGCAGGUCUACCUUCGUCAGAUGUUGUCAUGUCACCAUUACAAUGACAACUAAAAAAAAUUACAAAGCCAAAUAUCUCCUCAAAAAUAGGCUAAUGACAAUAGUUACAUAGCUGCCAAAAAUGUACAUCCACAUUAUACUCAUUUUCUCGAUUAUACUCUGAACAUCAGAAUUGCACAAUGGUUUAAAAAAUCAACAACCAUGUGCGUAGGGGAACUUACACAAAUUUAAAGACACUACCAGGAUUCUGACUGUGUUCUCUGCUGUACUUUGUAGAAAACUGCAGGCAGGCAACCAGCUUAGCAGGUGUCUAUAUGCUCAUUGUAAUGAAGUUGACGAUUGAUAAAUUAUCAGUUUACCAAUAGUCAGUCUCUAAGCUUUUAGAAUGCUUAUAUAUCUGGCUGGCAAUCUGUGGAUGGCAUAGUAUAGACCUUUUGAAGAACUAUAUUAUAAUGCAUUGUAGUUUUUAAAAAUGAUGACAAUGCUUCCAUUGUGUCUCUUUCCCUGGACAGUUUUAAUACUUACAUUUUGGUAGGACAUCUUCAAGCACUCGGCUAAUGGAAGCUCUCCAAAGAGUUGAUGGAAUCCACUGCAUUUGUCUUGUUUAUUUCUUAUGUUGCUUUUCAGCUGUGAAGGUUUUCCUGAUGCAUUACACAAAUGUUACAAUAAUCAAACACCCAGCUGCAAACAGAUUGUAUCAAAAAGGAAGGAUAUACUUGGCUGGAAAAUGCCAUGUCUGUAAACUUUCCAAAGUUAGACAGCAUUUGUAAUAAUUAUCCUUUUCACAGAGAUUUUGCUUUCUUGUUGAGUCCCUAAUUGGUGCAUUCAUUCCUAACUUAAAGUGAACUGGGGCUUGAAACAGGCCUCAGAUGGGGAGAGACACGGCUCACAUCAGCUCACCUCUUAUUAGUGUUGAUGUGUUGAAUACUGGCAUCCACACAGAUCAUACAAUAAGAUAUAUUUGUCAAUGGUAUGUGUUGAUUACAAAGAUUAGUUCCCCAUGGGUGGUCUUUGAGGGUGAUAGUGGGAUAUAUCAACAUCACGGAUUGUUCUGGCAUCUGAUUUCAUUAUGAUUGAUGGUUUCUGUAAAAAGAUUUUUUUUUGAAAAACCUGUACUUGACUGACAGGAUUGGCUGGUGUCCCUUAUUAUAAGGGAUGACUAUUUUUGAAAUUGGAAAGAUUUUUCUAUAUAGAUAGAAUGAUGUGACUAAAGCAUCCUGUAUAUUGGGGUGUGAGCCUUCCUAAAGACAGAAAUGUGUGCAUUGUGCCAUUUGCUUCUUCAAAUGAAGGUAAAGUAGCAGAGGCCCAAUUGGGGAAGGGGGUCUGGCAGAGGGGCAAGGACAGAUGAGGUUGAUGGGUUGGAAAUGUCUUUGGAAAUGGAGAGUGGAGAUGUCUUUCCAAAUCCAUACAUUAGUGGAAUAUUCCCAUGUUUUUUUUGUUUGUUUGUUUUUUUAAAAUCUCCCAUAUGAACCCAAAAGCCAGCCAAAUAUGCCCACCUGUCUCUAGAUUUUAAUGGAAAGAAAUUCCUUUUUGGUGUGUGGUAGCCCUGCAAUUCCUUCUUGGACCGCAAAAAGAUCAAACCAAUCCAUACUCCAGGAAAUAAAGGCCGACUGCUCAUGGACCAAGGGCAAGAUGGAUGGACGGUAUCCUUGAAGUGACUGGCUUAUCCUUGAAGGACCUGGGGGUGGUGAUGGCCAACAUAGAGCUCUGGUGUGGGCUGGUCCAGGAGGUCAUGAAGAGUCGGAAGUGACUGAAAAAAUAAACAACAACAGCCCUACAAAGAGAUUCUGUACCAACAACAAAAUAACUAAUGGUGGCCUACUCCAUAUUGAAAUUUUGAUACAGACUGAAGAUGCAUCAGUGCACAUGACAUUUUUGGUUUUACAUGUAUUGGAAAUAUGCAGCUGUACACAGCCAAAUGUGUGUAAGAGAGAGAGAGAGAGAUGGUCCAACAUUUAGACAGAGUCGAGUCGCUAUUUUGAGGAAGGUGAUGGUAAGGACUUAGGCACAGAUCUGUAUGUGUCACAUGGAAAAUAUUUCAACACAAAAGUAUUCAUUCCUGCACAUAAAAUGGCAUUUGCUUUGCAAGAAUAAAUAUUUAUGCAUUUAAAUACUGUUUUCUAUGUAGACAGUGCUGUUCCCUAUGCAGAAAAUGCAGUCUGCUGCAUAAAACAGUCAUAUGUGAAUUUUGCACAGUCCUCAAUUCAGUCCUUCAAAUCAGCAGAGUUUUAGAAGAAUUUCUCACAGCAGGGAAACAAUUCCUGAAUUUAUCCAUUGCUACCUUUGAGAAGAAUGUUAGUGAAUAAUUACAUCCCUGUCUGGAUUUAAAUCCCAACAUAUCCAACUACUGUAAUGUUAAAAUAAGGUUGCCACCCUUUCUUUCCAGAUAGGCUUUUACUUUCCAACACAAUUCUCAACCCAUUGCAGUGCUACCAGGAUAAGGUUGCUCAUGAAUGUGCAAGCAGGGAUGGUCUGCAGCUGCAGCAAUGUACCUCCAGAUGUGGAGUGGUCAAUGAAGUCAUAACUGACCCUGAGGGUGCACCUACACUGUAAAAUGAAUGCAGUUUAAUAUUAAUUUAAAUGCCAUGACUCAAUGCUUUGGAAUCAUGGAAGGUGGGGUUUCACAAGGACUUCAGCUUUUUCUGCCAAAGAGUGUUGGUGCCUCAGCAACCUCCAGCUCCUAUGGUAAUUUAAGUGGUCAAACUGCGUUAUUUCCAUGGUGUAGAAACACCCUCAACUGUAUGAUCCAAGGGCUGUUUGUCCCUGACCAGUGUUUUAUACACAGAGUACAGAAACAGGGCCCACUAGCUAAAGGCUUACAAGGCUCUAUAGCAGGAAACAUAAACAAGCAAAGUAUAAGAAAUCGGAGUAGUCAAGCUAGUGGGAAGAACAUGACAAAAGUUAGAAAUUACUGUCAAUCUUUCAAGGAAGGAAAAAUAAAUCUACACUGAGCAAUCAAGACUCUUUAAGCUUUGCUACCGUCUGUCACUGGAAAUCCUGUCAAAAUGGAAUCAUGUUACAUUAACUCCUUUCAACACAGCUGCCAAAGCGCUGAAAUGAAGAUUUCUGGGAACAAUGCACACAUAUUAAUAUACUCUUUGACAAUUUUAAAAGCACUAGUCUGGGGCUAAAGACACUAAAUGCACCAGAUUUUAUCUGAUCUUGGAAGCUAAGCAGGGUCAGCUCUGGGUAACAUUGUGCUGAUGAAUACAGGGAAAGGGCGAUGACACCAAAGUCUAAUCUGGACAAUGGAUCAGGCCAAAGUGGACCCAAUCCUGCUGUUCAGAUUGCCCUCAAACCAAAGGAUACUAUGGUUUGUUGGUUUCCAGCAAGAUAUAGCUAUAUACUGUGUUUUCCCGAAAAUAAGACAGUGUCUUAUAUUAAUUUUUGCUCCCAAAGAUGCUCUAGGUCUUAUUUUCAGGGGAUGUCUUAUUUUUCCAUGAAGAAGAAUUCACAUUUAUUGUUGAACAAAAAAUUGAACAUUUAUUAUAUACUGUACAGUAGUUGUCAUCAUAAACCAGCAUAACCAGACAAAUUGUGAAUCCUAUCAAAAUUUUGUUGUUACUACCAAUAUUUCCAUGUACAACAUUUUAUGGUAUGUACAUUUACCAAUCCUGCAUGCUCUGGUGUUCUAUUUGGUGGGCAUGCUUCCAAACAAAACUUUGCUAUGUCUUACUUUCGGGGGAGGCCUUAUAUUUAGCAAUUCAGCAAAACCUCUACUAGGUCUUAUUUUCUGGGGAUGUCUUAUUUUAGGGGAAACGGUACAUAACAAUGAAGGCAUCAACCACAACCUCCACAGGUCCUCAGAAAGACAUGGAAGAGGAUGUCAUCAUUACGCAUCUAGCUAUAGUCAUAGAGACUUCUUCUUCUUCCCCCCAGCUGUCCACUCACCUAGCAUGGCUGUGGUGCAGGGAAACAGUCCCAGAAGGAAGGUGAAUCCUGUGGAAAGGACGUGGGAAGAUGUUUCCUAGUUCUGCUAUGGUGGAACUUCAUGAUACAUCUCCUGCUGUAGGAUCUUAGCUGUUUUAGUGUGGGUACUCCCAAACUUGUAGCAGAGAGGCUGUGUUAAACAAGUGACUUGCAGGCCAACAUCUGUUUGAGGUGGUACAAACCAUACCAUAUAUCCUUCUCAAUUUUUGAAUCUCUUCCAAGUUAAAACAAUCAGUCAUAUCUUUCAACAAAUCAACAUCACAGGAAUAGCAGGAAGGAGCAAAAAAGGAAAUGACCUUUAACCCUGAUAUCCAGACUAUUAUCCAUUUCUAUUUUUAAUUUUAAAUUAUCUUUUAUUGAUUUUGGGAGGAGCAGACAUUUGUUUGUAACAGACAUUUGCUGCUGUUCUUAAUGGUGUUGUGGAAGGUAUCUGGAAAACUUCAGCCAAAUGGACAUGAAAGGUCUGAGGUUUAGCUGGUUCUGUUUUUAAUGUCUUUUUGAGCUAUUCAAGGCUGUCUUUCAGGAGAGAAAGGCAUUUGUAAAAUAUAUUGGCUUUAAAUGAACAAUAUUUCUCAGCCAGUUGACAUAGCUGACUUUAUUUUCCUUGGAAACAUUAAUCUAUAAUAAAAGUGUAAUAUUAAAAGCUCUGGGCUUUUGGACGCGAGUUCUUCCUUUGGUGCCAGAAUUUAAAUAUAAUAUCUCAGUCACCUUAUCCUGUGACAUGGAAAUGAACGAUUAAGAGUCCAGUCCAAUGAAAGAAGCGACUCUGCUUCUGAAAUCAACAGAAAGAAUUUACCACAUCCAUCCAAUUGCUUUCAAUAGGGUUUUGAUUUUCGAUAAACAUCUAUAAACAUUUAUUAAGAACCGUCUCUUGUUUUCAAAAGAGGUCACUCACAGGAAAAUGCUUUCAUUUUUUGACAUAUUGCUUUUGCAUAAGGAAAGAAAUGAUAGAAGGGAUGAGGCUGGUAUGAUGAUUUUAGAUGUGGAGUACAUAGACUUACAAGACUUCUCUGGUAUAGGCAUUUCCCAACAUGUGAUGGAAAACUGUGGUAUUGUACCUAAUAAUAAAGCAAUUGCCUGUUA